AUGACCACCGUAUCACGCAAAGUGUGCUUUGUCACUAUCGGAGCUACAGCUCCAUUCGAUGCUCUACUCUCGAAUGUCUUGGACGAACCCUUUCUUAAGGCGCUCAAAAAGCAUGAAUAUACUACGCUCUUGAUUCAGUACGGCAAGGAGGGUCAGGCGAUUUUUGAUACAUUCACCAAAAUCAACCCUCCGGGAAGCACUGCCCAAUAUGGCUUAGAUAUCCAGGGAUUUGGCUUCAAGAAGGAUGGACUCGUCCAGGAAAUGCGCUCCACGAAGGCAAACUCAUCUCAGAAUGUUGUCGAAGGAAUGAUUCUCAGUCAUGCUGGGUCCGGCUCCAUCAUGGAAGCUCUACGUAUCGGUGUCCCUCUUGUGGUAGUGCCAAAUCCAGCACUUCAAGAUAAUCAUCAAGAAGAACUUGCUCGACAGAUUGCGAAAAAUGGCUGGGCCGUCGCCGGUAAAUUGGACCGACUUGCGGAUUCUGUGCAGAAAGCGGAAAAACUUCGCAGUACUUCAAGGAGUUGGCCACCAAAGAAUAGUGGCGCACUCAAGGACAGCAAAGGCCUAGCCGGUGUUGUGGAGGAUGAAUUGGGCUUCCUCGAUUGA